AUGUCCCUGCUCGCUGUUUCCAGCGCUAGGACGCUAACGCGCGCAAUCCCCAGCAUUAUCGUGCGUAGCACAACCCCAUGCAUAAUUAGCCCCUGUCAAGCACCCUUCCGGCACCUGCUUCAUACUGGAGCUGCACAAAACAAUUCGCUCAAGAGGAAGCAGGCCAACGAAGGCGCAGCGCAGGGGGUAGAAGGCAUUCAUCGCCACGAUGGUCCCGCAACCAAGGCGUUAACAAACGCAGACGCGGUCAGCACCGUGCCUUCGACAACGAUCCAAGGUGACUGGGUGCUUUUCCACCCGGUCUAUACGCCUGAGGAGAUGAAGGCGGUCGAUGUUCUUCACCGUGAUGCAAAGACGCUCUCGGAUAAAUUUGCCUCCAGUUUGGUUCGGCUUGCACGAUGGGGCUUUGACUUCGUCUCGGGAUACAAACAUAAACCUAUCCCACCUAAUCACGACAUGUCCCUUGAGGAACUUCAAAAGGGCGGAUACGUGCUCACAGAACGCGCAUGGCUCAGUCGAAUCCUAUUCUUAGAAUCAAUCGCAGGCGUGCCAGGAAUGGUGGCAGCGAUGCUUCGUCACCUUGGUAGCCUGCGGCUGAUGAGGAGAGACUCAGGAUGGAUUCACACGCUACUCGAAGAGGCCGAGAACGAGAGAAUGCAUCUGAUGACAUUCAUGACGCUGAAGCAACCAUCGUUAUUCUUCCGAGCACUAGUGCUUGGUGCACAAGGCGUCUUCUUCAACGUCUUUUUCCUUUCCUACAUGAUCUCACCGCGCAUUUGCCAUCGCUUCGUUGGCUAUCUCGAGGAGGAAGCCGUUGUGACCUACACUAGAUGCAUAGAGGAGAUAGAGGCAGGAAGGCUGCCAGCAUGGUCGAACAUGCCGGCUCCCGAGAUUGCCAAGGACUACUGGCGCUUGCACCCAGAAGCUAACCUAUUGGACGUAAUAUACGCGGUUAGAUCCGAUGAAUCAACACAUCGAUUCGUCAACCAUAGCCUCGCCAACCUUGACGCCCCAACCGACGUGAACCCAUUUGCCUUCCGUGAGCCAGACAUGCAUGUGAAGGGCAAAAAGUUAGGAUUCGAACGUUCUGAAGCAGAAAAAUACGUUCAAGAAUCUCGUGAACUCUUAGAACGCGGUAGACGCCAGUGA